AUGAGAACUGAACCGUACCGAAUAAAGGUUUGGUAUUCGGUUUUUCCGAAUAAUGCUCACCCCUAUUCACCUCAUCCAAGCAAAGCCUUAGCCAAAAAAUUCUCACUGGCAAAGCUCCACCACCACCCUCCUCCUCGGAGUUCUGGAGUUCCGGUCACCAUCCUCUAUCCCUCGCCGGAGUUUUCUUUCAUUGGCGCAUCUUCUCCGUAUCUCCUCCCUAGACAAGCCCUCUCACCAAAGCCUUUAAAGCGAUCUCAUGUCGGUGUACAUAUUCAACUUGAAGCCAUUCUUAUUAUGGAUCUUUAUUCCUUGAAAACAGUUUGUGAUGUAAUGAUGUCAACCACAAAAGGCAGGAGCAUGCGGAGCAAGGUGGAGAAAAGAAUGCGUAGAGAAACAAGGGAAAACCUUAAGUGCAAAGAAAUUGCACAAGAAAUUAAUGACAGAUGAGGAGAGGCUCAUAUAUAAGAAGAGUGAGUUUUGGGAUCCUUCUUUUUACUUUUUGCAAUCAUACCCUUUUUAGUAAAAUUCGCAGUUAAAGAUAUCUUUGCUUACCAUUUUUUUUUAAGAAAAUGAUAUCAACCACCAUGGCUGAUAUCAUGCGCCACAUUAAUAGUAAAACUCAUUCCAAAAAUCUUCGUUAUUUGAAUAGAUUGGUGGACAAGAUUUGGGUUUGGGACUUUUUGGAUUUCAGUAUAGGGGGUUUCACUUUAAUCAUACUAGGUGUCCUCUAUUCCUCCAAAGGGUUUGCCGAAGAGGAUAGUUAUUUAUUGGAAAGUUUUGUGUGCUAUUAAAGAGAUUAUGCAAUGAAAAGUGUUCGUUCCAGCCCAAGUUCUGUAGGAAUGAAGCCCCCUGGGAUAGGUGAGGCUUAGCACCAAUUUUUGUUUUGUUUUGUUUUUGUUUUUGUUUUUGUUUUUGUUUUUGGGUGCAUUUUCUCAUGAAAAAUACUCAUGUUUAGAAAUUAUUUGAGUGGGAUAUAUUACACACCAUGGAUUCAGUGUUUUGGGUGUUAAGGUUUGCUCUAUCCCCAAUUUGGGAAUUUAGCGGUUUUUUGUGUUUUUUUUUAUAUUUUUUCUUCAAAUUUGUUAUGGUAGUCAAUAUAUUAUUAAUGAUAGUACUCAUUGUGAUUAAAAUUUUUGUAUUAUUGUGGAUGUUGUAUCUAUUUGGAGAGGAAAUUUAUGUUUGUG